UUCUAAUACAUGGUUUUAACAGGGUAUUACUGAAGUAUCACAAAUAACAUCUCCCUUCCUCUCCAUCUCUCUCCAUGUCUCUCCCUCCCUCCCAGCCAUGGCCAAGCUGCAGGCCAACCAGGCGCCCCAGACCCAGAGCCAGCCAGCAGCCCCAGAAGGUGGGUGGGGCUGGGUGGUGGUGGGGGCCCUGUUUGUGUCCUCUGCCCUGGUGUUUGGGAUAAUCCGGAGCAUGGGGGUCUUCUUUGUGGAGUUUGUGCAGUACUUUGGGGAGAGCGCCCAGGCUGUCUCCUGGAUCACAUCCAUAGGGGUGGCCAUGCAGCAGUGUGUUAGUGAGUAUAUAUAUAUAUAUAUAGGGGAGGAGGGUAAUGCUCCUUUGAAUGCUCAUACAAAUGAUCCUUGGUCCGUUGUACACAGUGUGAUGACUGGUAGUUAAACCUGUGUGUGUGUGUGUGUGUGUGUUCCUCAGGUCCAGUGGGCACAGCGUUGUGUAAAGCAUACGGUGCCAGACCUGUAGUGAUGGCAGGAGGUUGUCUCUCUGCACUGGGCUUCAUCCUGGCCUCACAGGCCACCUGCGUCACACACCUCUACCUCACCAUGGGUGUCAUCUCAGGUACACACACACACACACCCACACACACUUGGACCUAAAAACACUCACAUGCUACUUUCUGUCUUUCUUCUAUGUCCAAAGCUCUGAAUUCAGUAUAUAACUCCCUCCUUCACCCUCCUUCACCCUCCUGCCUACCCUCCAGGUUCGGGCUGGGCAUUAGUCUUCACCCCUAUGGUGGCGUCAGUGAUGCAGUACUUUACACGUCAGCGCUCCCUGGCCAUGGCGCUGGGCUUUACGGGCGUGGGCCUCUCGUCCUUCGCCUUCUCCCCCCUCUUCCAGCUCUUGGUGGAGAUGUACGCCUGGCGGGGGGCCCUGCUCAUCCUGGGGGGGCUCAGCCUCAACAUGGUGGCCUGCGGUGCCCUCAUCAGGCCCCUGGGGGCCCACAAGGCUGUAGCUGCGGUAGGAACCUACAUUUACAUUUUAGUCAUUUUAGCAGAUGCUCUUAUCCAGAGAAAUGUGGGUUAAUUACCUUGCUCAAGGGCACAUCAAACUCAUGUAACUUUCUCUUCUCUCUCUUUUUCCCUCUCUCUCUAUCUCUCUCUCUCUCUCUCUCUCUCUGGCUGACUGAACACAUUCAAUGUUUGAUACCUGGGGUUUGACAAUCAUUCCAUAAUAGGACUCAUGUGGUUUUAACCUUUUAUAAUACAGAAACAGUUACAAAACACAUAAAGUGUCUGUGUAAUCUUGAGUGUGACAUCUUGUUUGACAGCAAAGGGUGCCAGCAGUGUUUGAUGGACCUGCUUUCAAAGUUUGAGCAAUUUUCUCACUGUUCAGCAUCAGUCUCUUUCUCUCAUACUCUUCUUCACCCCCUCCCUCUCCUCCCUCUUUCCAGCUGGCCCCAGGUGAGAGUGCCUUGUCCUGCGCUUCCAUCUUCCACCGGGCCUACUCCUACCUGGAGCUUUCUCUCCUCUUCCAGCGGCCCUUCCUCACCUACAGCCUGGCCAUCACCUUCUUCAACUGUGGCUACUUUGUGCCUUACGUCCACCUGGUGGCCCACAGCCGCCACGAGGGCUUCUCCCAGUAUCAGGUUUGAAUGAGCCUAUUUCACUAUUACAUCACUGUGUAAACAAUGGGAUUUUUGAGGGGGUAAACACAGCUGCUAGCAUAUUAGAGAUUAUCCAAAAUGAUUAUCGAUUACCAAUUGUUUUGUUCAGUUUUUGUUGCUCUGAUUGUUAGAUGCAUAGAUUAAUGUCAAUCGUUUCAAUCUUAUCCAGGCAGCCUUCGUCAUCUCAGCCACGGGUGUGACGGACAUAUUGGGCCGUGUGGUUUCUGGCUGGGCCUCGGACCUGGGCCGUCUCCGUCUGCCCCAUAUGCUGGUCCUCUGGACGGGCCUGUUGGGCCUCUUCCUCCUCCUGCUGCCCCUGGGCUCCCUGGGAGGGUCCUACCUGGGCCUGCUCACCGUCAGCCUAGCCUACGGGUUCUGUGCCGGCGCCAUGACCCCCCUGGUGUUCGCGGUGGUGCCGGAGAUUGUGGGCAUGGAGCGGAUGCUGGGUGCCCUGGGGCUGCUGCAGAUGAUCGAGAGCCUUGGGGGGCUGCUGGGGGCACCGCUGUCAGGUACGAGAUAUACUGGAGAGGAGUGGAGUGGAGCAGCCGUUGACUGCUGUUGAUGUUGAAGGAAUUGGGGAUAGAUUACAGCAGGCACUACUAUAUCCCAAGCUUGGCGACCUUUGCCCUAAGUGCUGCUCUAAGGACAUUUUGUUCUGUUCUGAAUACAACAGUGAAAUGCUUACUUACAAGCCCUUAACCAACAAUGCAGUUUUAAGAAAAAUAAGUGUUAAGUAAAAAAUAGACAAGUAAAAAAUAACAAAUAACAAAUAAUUGAAGAGCAGCAGGAAAAUAACAGUAGCGAGGCUAUAUACAGGGGGUACCGGUACAGAGUCACUGUGCGGGGGCACAAGUUAGUCAAGGUAAUUGGGGUAAUAUGUACAUGUAGGUAGAGUUAAUGUGACUAUGCAUAGAUAAUAAACAGAGAGUAGCAGCAGCGUAAAAUAGGGGGUUGGGGGGGGGGACAAUGCAAAUAGUCUGGGUAGCCAUUUGAUUAGCUUUUCAGGAGUCUUAUGGCUUGGGUGUAGAAGCUGUGUUAAGAAGCCUUUUGGACCUAGACUUGGCGCUCCGGACCGUGCGGUAGCAGAGAGAAGAGUCUAUGACUAGGGUGGCUGGUAUAGAGGUCCUGGAUGUCAGGAAGCUUGGCCCCAGUGAUGUACUGGGCCGUACGCACUACACUCUGUAGUGCCUUGCGGUCGGAGGCUGAGCAGUUGCCAUACCAGGCAGUGAUGCAACCAGUCAGGAUGCUCUCGAUGGUGCAGCUGUAGAACCUUUUGAGGAUCUGAGGACCCAUGCCAAAUCUUUUCAGUCUCCUGAGGGGGAAUAGGCUUUGUCAUGCCCUCUUUACGACUGUCUUGGUGUGUUUGGACCAUGAUAGUUUGUUGGUGAUGUGGACACCAAGGAACUUGAAGCUCUCAACCUGCUCCGUCGAUGAGAAUGGGGGCGUGCUCGGCCCUCUUCUUUUUCCUGUAGUCCACAAUCAUCUCCCAAUUGAGACAUGGAUUGUGUAUGGUGCCAUGGGCAAGAUAAAAUAUUUAAGUGCCUUUGAAUGGGGUAUGGUAGUAGGUGCCAGAUGCACCGGUUUGAGUGUGUCAAGAACUGCAACGCUGCUGGGUUUUUCACCAUCAAGAAUGGUCCGACACCCAAAGAACAUCCAGCCAACGGUAGGACAGUGGUCGAAAACGGGUCAUUGAUGAAUGAGGACAAAGGAGGCUGACACGAAGCUGACACCAAUUGUGCAGAACAAAAGAUGGGCUACAGUCCAGUACAACAUUGGUGCCCAAAACCUAUAAAAUAAUGCACAACUCGUCGUACCUUGACACGAAUGAGGUAUGGCAGCCGACGACCUUACAGUGUUCCACUUCUUUCAGUAAAAAAAAAACAAGAAACUGCUGUUGCAGUGGGCUAAGGAACGAAAACACUGGACACUGGAGAAUUGGAAAAACAUUGCCUGGUCUGAUGAAUCUUGGUACCUGCUGUUUCACGCUAAAGGGAGGACUAGGGUAUGGAGAAAACCACGAGUCCAUGCAUCCAUCAUGCCGCCUGUCAACAUGCAGGCUGGUGGUGGUGGUGAGAUGGUGUGGGGUGUGUUUUCAUGGCGUACAUUGGGCCCCUUGAUAAAAGUGGAGCAACGUUUGAAUACCACAGGAUAUCUGAACAUCAUUGCCAAUCAGUUGCAUCUCUUCAUGGCAACAGUGUAUCCAUCUGCAAAUAGAUUGUUUUCAGCAGGAUAAUGCCCCAUUCCACAAGGCUAGGAUUGUCCAGGAAUGGUUCCACGAACAUGACAGUGAAUUCAGCUUACUGCAGUGGCCUGCCAAGUCACCAGAUCUCAAUCCAAUUGAGCAUCUGUUGGAUGAGAUGGAACGAGCUAUUCGGAGUAGAGAUCCAUUACCAGCCAACUUGACACAACUGUGGGACGCAUUGGAGUCAACAUGGGCCAUCAUCCCUGUGGAACGCUUUCGACACCUUUUAGAGUCCGUGCCCCUACGAAUUGAGGCUGUUCUGAGGGCAAAAGGGGGUGCAACUCAAUAUGAGGAAGGUGUUCUAAAUGUUUUGUACACUCUGACACUUAGAAAAUGGCAACUAGUCAACACAAGGUCAAAUCAGUUGAUGAUUAGCUAACCAUGGUAAAUCUUUAGCCUACCUAUUGGAUAUUCAUACAGUCCAAUUGAUUUAUCUCUCUCACUCUCUGACCAUUUGAACUCUUACACACUUUCUCCAUCCCCCACCUCCCCUCUAGGUUACAUGUUCUUAUGCUCAAAAUCUCUCUUCUCUGUCUGUCUUUGUGUCUCUCUCUCUCAAUUAAAAAAAUAAUAAACAUAAGUAAACAUAAAUAUGGGUUGUAUUUACAAUGGUGUUUGUUCUUCACUGGUUGCCCUUUUCUUGUGGCAACAGGUCACAAAUCUUGCUGCUGUGAUGGCACACUGUGGUAUUUAAUCCAAUAGAUAUGGGAGUUUAUCCAAAUUGGGCUGCACUUCCUAACCUCUUGCCAAAUGUAUACAUUUGCAACUCAAUAUAAUGUAUACAUUUGGCAGGAAGUUAGGAAGUGCAGCUCAGUUUCCACCUCAUUUUGUGGGCAGUGUGCAGAUAGCCUGUCUUCUCUUGAGAGCCAGGUCUGCCAACGGCGGCCUCUCUCAAUAACAAGGCUAUGCUCACUGAGUCUGUUCAUAGUCAAAGCUUUCCUUAAUUUUGGGUCAGUCACAGUGUCAGGUAUUCUGCCACUGUGUACUUUCUGUUUAGGGCCAAAUAGCAUUCUAGUUUGCUCAUUUUCUAAAAGAAAUAUUUCCAAAAUGUCAAGUAAUCAUCUAUUUGUUUUCUCAUGAUUUGGUUGCGUCUAAUUGAGUUGCUGUCCUUGGGCUCUCUGGGGUCUGUUUCCCUCAGAUUACACAGACCCACAAAGAAUUAGAAAACAAAUCCAAUUUGGAUAAACUCCCAUAUCUAUUGGGUUAAAUACCACAGUGUGCCAUCACAGCAGCAAGAUUUGUGAUCAGUUGCCACAAGAAAAGGGCAACCAGUGAAGAACAAACACCAUUGUAAAUACAACCCAUAUUUAUGUUUUUUAUUUUUUGUUUUUUUGAAUUGAGAGAGAGAGAGACAAAGACAGACAGAGAAGAGAGAUUUUUAGCAUAAUAACAUGUAACCUAGAGGGGAGGUGGGGGAUGGAGAAAGUGUGUAAGAGUUCAAAUGGUCAGAGAGUGAGAGAGAUAAAGCAAUUGGACUGUAUGGAUAUCCAAUAGGUAGGCUAAAGGUUUACCAUGGUUAGCUAAUUGUCAACUGAUUUGACCCUGUGUUGACUAGUUGACAUAUUUGAAGUGUCAACAGUGGAUUUAUAUAUGGAGCCUUUAUUAGUGAUUAAGCAAUGAAUGAAUAUCCAAUAGGUAGGCUAAAGGGUUACCAUGGUUAGCUAAUCAUCAACUGAUUUGACCCUGUGUUGACUAGUUGCCAUUUUCUAAGUGUCAGAGUGUACAAAACAUUAAGAACACCUUCCUAAUAUUUAGUUGCACCCCCUUUUGCCCUCAGAACAGCCUCAAUUCGUAGGGGCAUGGACUCUAAAAGGUGUCGAAAGCGUUCCACAGGGAUGAUGGCCCAUGUUGACUCCAAUGCGUCCCACAGUUGUGUCAAGUUGGCUGGUAAUGGAUCUCUACUCCGAAUAGCUCGUUCCAUCUCAUCCCACAGAUACUCAAUAGGAUUGAGAUCUGGUGACUGGGCAGGUCACUGCAGUAAGCUGAAUUCACUGUCAUGUUCGUGGGACCAUUCCUGGACAAUCCUAGCCUUGUGGAAUGGGGCAUUAUCCUGAUGAAAAAAAUAUAUUUGAUGAUGGAUACACUGUUGCCAUGAAGAGAUGCACCUGAUUGGCAAUGAUGUUCAGAUAUCCUGUGGCAUUCAAACGUUGCUCCACUUUUAUCAAGGGGCCCAAUGUACGCCAUGAAAACACACCCCACACCAUCUCACCACCACCACCAGCCUGCAUGUUGACAGGCGGCAUGAUGGAUGCAUGGACUCGUGAUUUUCUCCAUACCCUUGUCCUCCCUUCAGCGUGAAACAGCAGGUACCACGAUUCAUCAGACCAGGCAAUGUUUUUCCAAUUCUCCAGUGUCCAGUGUUUUCGUUCCUUAGCCCACUGCAACAGCAGUUUCUUGUUUUUUUGCUGAAAGAAGUGGAACACUGUAAGGUCGUUGGCUGCCAUACCCCAAAUGUAUACAUUAUAUUGAGUUGCAAAUGUAUACAUUUGGCAGGAGGUUAGGAAGUGCAGCCCAGUUUCCACCUCAUUUUGUGGGCAGUGUGCACAUAGUCUGUCUUCUCUUGAGAGCCAGGUCUUCCAACGGCGGUCUCUCUCAAUAAUAAGGCUAUGCUCACUGAGUCUGUACAUAGUCAAAUCUUUCCUUCAUUUUGGGACAGUCACAUUGGUCCGGUUUUCUGCCACUGUGUACUCUCUGUUUAGGGCCAAUUAGCAUUCUAGUUUGCUCAGUUUAUUUGUUAAUUCUUUCCAAUGUGUCAAGUAAAUAUAUUUUUGUUUUCUCAUCAUUUGGUUGGGUCUAAUUGAGUUGCUGUCGUGGGGCUUUCUGGGGUCUGUUUCCCUCAUAUGGUCAUACAUUUGGCAGGAGGUUAGGAAGUGCAGCUCAGUUUCCACCUCAUUUUGUGGGCUGUGUACAUACAGUUGAAGUUGGAAGUUUACAUACACCUUAGUCAAAAACAUUUAAACUCAGUUUUUCACAAUUCCUGCCAUUUAAUCCUAGUAAAACUUCCCUAUCUUAGGUCAGUUAGGAUCACCACUUUAUUUUAAGAACGUGAAAUGUCUGAAUAAUAGUAGUGUGAUUUAUUUCAGCUUUUAUUUAUUUCAUCACAUUCCCAGUGGGUCAGAAGUUUACAUACACUCAAUUAGUAUUUGGUAGCAUUGCCUUUAAAUUGUUUAACUUGGGUCAAACGUUUCAGGUAGCCUUCCACAAGCUUCCCACAAUAAGUUGGGUGAAUUUUGGCCCAUUCCUCCUGACAGAGCUGGUGUAACUGAGUCAGGUUUUGUAGGCCUCCUUGCUCGCACACGCUUUUUCAGUUCUGCCCACAAACGUUCUAUAGGAUUGAGGUCAGGGCUUUGUGAUGGCCACUCCAAUACCUUGCCUUUGUUGUCCUUAAGCCAUUUUCCACAACUUUGGAAGUAUGCUUGGGGUCAUUGUCCAUUUGGAAGACCCAUUUGCGACCAAGCUUUAACUUCCUGACUGAUGUCUUGAGAUGUUGCUUCAAUAUAUCCACAUAAUUUUCCUUCCUCAUGAUGUCAUCUAUUUUGUGAAGUGCACCAGUCCCUCCUGCAGCAAAGCACCCCCACAGCAUGAUGCUGCCACCCCCGUGCUUCACAGUUGGGAUGGUGUUCUUCGGCUUGCAAGCAACCCCCUUUUUCCUCCAUACAUAACAAUGGUCAUUAUGGCCAAACAGUUCUAUUUUUGUUUCAUCAGACCAGAGGACAUUUCUCCAAAAAGUAAGAUCUUUGUCCCCAUGUGCAGUUGCAAACCGUAGUCUGGCUUUUUUACGGCGGUUUUGGAGCAGUGGCUUCUUCCUUGCUGAGCGGCCUUUCAGGUUAUGUCUCUUUGUACUGCCCUCUCCACUCCUCUCCUCCACACAGGAGUAAAAUGCUCGGGUUUAUAGCCUUUGACAUUGACCCCCGGCUGUAGUUGUCAAUAAAACAGUGGUUAUGGGAAAGCAAAGGGAACUACAGCAAUCAUGAGGAAUUACCAUGGUUUCUAUUCAUGGUUCCUAUUUGAGUUUGCAAGAAAGACAUAUAUUUCACUGUACUUGUGCAUGUGACAUUAAAUCGUUGAAACUUGAAACAACAGCUGUUGUUUCUCUAUGGCCCUGAGGCAGCAGAAAGAAGCUAGGGUGGUUUUAGUAAUGAUAUGAUAAUCCACCUAGUAAAUUAAGUUAUUAUUAGCUUCCCCUUCCUAGCAUUGCGCUUGUUAGUCUGAAAAUGCCUUCAACAGCUGCAUACUCAAACUAGUGGAUAUGUAUUAGAAUGUGGGGUAAACUGCAAUUAAAUAGGGAUACUAGGAUGAGGAAUAGGACAUCUCCAUAGCUUAUGUAACCAUUUUGUAAGGGGUCCCCUUUUUGCUAACAACCCCCCUCCUCGGCCCAUAUGGGUAAUAUAGCUCAAUGCUCCAGCUGGUUGACACGAGCACACCCCUAUAUGAGCUCAGUGUUUAGGCCUACUAUAUCUCCCCGGUCAGCUUUUUUUCUAGCUCCCGCUCCUGUUUUUUCUCUCAGCCACUUUUCGCAUUCCCUCUCUCCUUUUCCCUAUCUGUGACUCUCUGUAGUCUCCUAACUCUCUCUUGCCCCCUUUCUUUCCUUCUCGUUCCCAUAUGCCGCUCCUUUUCUCUCUUCCAAUGGUUGUCUAAUGCCUAAUCUCCCCCCCCCCUCUCUUCUGGUUUUCUCCACCUCUAAUACCUUUUCUCUCUCUCUGCAGGUUUGCUGAAGGACCUGACAGGCAGUUACACGGCCUCCUUCCUGGUCGCUGGUGGUUUCCUCCUGCUGGGUACCAUGGUAACGGCCACUCUGCCUCACUUCUUCUCCUGCACCGACCCGUGCCAUCUCCAGAGACACGCCGGUAACCACAACAACAAGCAGCAGAACCAGCAGAGCCCCGAGUCUGGCCUCAUGACCAACUCCAUAUCAGAGAAACUCAACCACAUAGAUACCAUACCGUACUCUAAACCACAACUGGACCGCAACAGCCUCCAGGUGGAACCAGAGGUGUACAUGCCUUUAAACCAUAGCAGGACCGAUGAUGCCACUACUAAAUGUUGAUUGGUUGCGCAGCAUUAGCAACCAUACCUUACUUAGCCAAUAGGGCGUCUGAAUGCCUGGUUUCUCGGUGGGGUUUCCCUAUUGGUCUGGGGAGUACAUGGUUAAGGUGGACGAAUGCUACGUGCUUAUAUUCCAAAGCCGUGUACAUUUGUGGAGGAGGAAGACACAGACAGCAAGGCAAAAAUACAAACGGGUAGUGUGGGAUGUAUAGUGCACACAUCACAACCCAGGCUCUAUCUCUCAUGUCUCUCAUUUCCCAUAUUACCCAUACUAAAUAAUAGAGAGGGGAAUCUGGUUUGAGUUCUUUCCUCCACCCAACUCUCUGAGUAAGAUUCAGUAACACUUCUCCGUUUUCAUUUAAUCCGUCUCUGGAAUUAUAUAUCCACAUGACAGUCAUUUGGUGUUCUAUGUCAAAACAUAGAUUAUUAUGUUAUGUGUAUACUCCUCUAACCCCUGGUAUUAUUCCACUUCCUCCUGGCCACACUCCCACAUUCAGGCUGCUAUGAGGAUAUGAAGAGUUUAAUUCCAAAACGCUAUAUAUCCAUU